GGGGACAGGGCCACCCGCCAGCCGGCCUGGAUGUAGAGGAGGCCUGGCCGAGCGGCGAGGAGCGAGGGUGACAUCCCCCAUCCCUGCGCUGGGCGAGGACGGGGACCCCCCCGCGGCCCCCCGGCCUUUGGGGGCACCAUGAAGGACCGGCUGGAGCAGCUCAAGGCGAAGCAGGAUGCGGAUGAUGAGGAGGAGCUGGAGAUCGCCGUGGACAACACGGCCUUCAUGGAUGAGUUCUUCUCGGAGAUUGAGGAGACCCGGCAGAACAUCGACAAGAUCUCAGAGAACGUGGAGGAAGCCAAGAAGCUCUACAGCAUCAUCCUCUCAGCCCCCAUCCCAGAGCAGAAGACCAAAGACGACCUGGAGCAGCUGACGGCGGAGAUCAAGAAAAUGGCCAACAGCGUCCGUAACAAGCUGAAGAGUAUGGAGAGGAACAUCGAGCAGGACGAGGCACGAUCCUCCGCUGACCUCCGGAUACGCAAGUCCCAGCACUCGGUGCUGUCCCGCAAGUUUGUGGACGUCAUGACCAAGUACAACGAGGCGCAGGUGGAUUUCCGGGAGCGGAGCAAGGGCCGGAUCCAGCGCCAGCUGGAAAUCACCGGCAAGAACACGACGGACGAGGAGCUGGAGGAGAUGCUGGAGAGUGGGAACCCCUCCAUCUUCACCUCGGGGAUCAUGGACUCGCAGAUCUCGAAGCAGGCGCUGAGCGAGAUCGAGGGGCGGCACAAGGACAUCGUGCGCCUGGAGAGCAGCAUCAAGGAGCUCCACGACAUGUUCGUGGACAUCGCCAUGCUGGUGGAGAAUCAGGGAGCCAUGAUCGACCGCAUAGAGAACAACAUGGACCAGUCCGUGGGAUUCGUGGAACGGGCCGUGGCCGACACCAAAAAGGCCGUGAAGUACCAAAGUGAGGCCAGGAGGAAGCUGCUGAUUUGGGUGGCAGUGGCCGUGCUGGUGCUGGGGACAGUUGCCCUCAUCAUCGGACUCUCGGUGGGGCUGAACACGAAAUAGCCCCUGGGGCGGGGGUCUACACUCCCGACCGUCCCGGCGAUGUCACCUCCCGGCGGGAUCCUCCCCGGCACUGAUCCCGGACCCCUUCUCUCCCUGCUCCUCCCGGACCUGCUGCUCCCAGCCCUCCGUGUCCCGCUUCCCUCCGCGGGCUCCAGCACCGCCACCUUUCCCGCCGGUCCCUGGGAUCUGCCCCUCACGUCCCCGCGGAAGGGGACAGCAUUCCACCCGUGGGGACGCGGCCGCUGGUGCCACAGCCCCAGCCAAGGGUGACAAGGACACAAAUCUGAGGGCCGGACGCUCUCCCGCGCGGGCAUCGCGGUGGGACGAGGGCGGGAAUAGGGACAGGACAUGGCGGGGGGGUUGGUGGCACCAGCGUGGUUCGUUGUCACCGUGCUGCGACAGACGGAGCUGUCGGGUCCCCGUCCCCUCUUGGCUUUGCUGUCCGGGCGGGAGGAUGCGUGGAUGGUGGACAUUUAACUCCCGCUGUAAUAAAAUCCCGCUGAGCCCACCCUGUGCCUCCUUUCCGUGGGGGCACCGGGAACACCCAAAGCCUCGGGGAUUUUGGGGGCUGGACCCCCCAAAAAAAGCGUGAGGCUGGGGACACCCCCACAUCCUGGGCUCUGUACAGACUGUCCCCCCCCCUCCACGUUUUUGGGUAAGUCACAGCAUUUGGUCACCUGUCCCAGGGCACGCUGGCACUGUCACCUCCCUGUGCUACACAGAACCUGCCCUGCCACCUUCCCUGUCCCCUCCCCACCCUGCCCU